AUGAUGGAGGAGGCAGCGGCUCUGGGCGGCGGCCGGAGGGCCCGCAAGCGAUUUGUGGGUGUCAGGCAGCGGCCGUCGGGUAGAUGGGUGGCGGAGAUCAAGGACACCAUCCAGAAGAUCAGGGUCUGGCUGGGAACCUACGACACCACUGAGGAGGCGGCUCGAGCUUACGACGAAGCCGCCUGCCUCCUCCGUGGCGCCAACACUCGCACCAAUUUCUGGCCCUGCUCUUCGCCCAAUUCCAAGCCGGUUCUCCCUCCCAAAAUCACCAAUCUCUUGCUCCACAGGCUCAAGGCCAGGAACCGAGAUUUAGCGACGGAAAGAAUUGGUGACGAUCCUGCUCCGAAAAGUACGAAACAGAGCAUUGUUGCCUGCCCGUUGGAGGAGCAUCACGGUGUUGAGAUGAGCGAGAAUAGGGACCUCAAUGGCUUCUUGAGCAUCGACAGCAACAACAAUUCUGGUGUUGGAAACCCAUACCCUGUUUCCGUCGGUAAUAAUAAUAUCAUUGGCGACGAAGGUUUUGGUGACGGCGGUUAUCGAGGCGUCACUAAUGGUAACAAUCGCGACUGGUUCGCGACUUUUGGCGACGAGAACAGGGGAAACAGGGACGACGGUGACCGUGGUUCGGAUGUGGGGAAAGGACAUCUCAUGAAUGAAUUUCACCAACAACAGCCUUACUCCGCAUUCGACAUCGCGCAAGAGAUGAUGGAGCCUCUGUCGAAGCAGAUGAGCGAUCAAAAUCGAUCGGCUGAAGGUGUGGAUCGUCAUGGUAAUGGGGUUGAUGAGGAGGAUGCAGGGGAGCCGUUGGUUGUGAGUGAGAUCAGCAAGCGGCUGAAUUACGAGAGGAAGUUCUCUGCCUCUCUGUACGCCUACAGCGGCGUGACGGAGUGCCUUAGCCGGGCGACCAGAAGCACUAUUAGCGACGAAGUAACUACGAAGAAGAUGCGAAUCGGUGACUAUAGUGUGGUUUGUGACUUGAAGGGUUCGAGUGAAGAGGCAGCGGAGGAGAAGUUAAAGGGUAGAAAUGUUAACCAUCUUAAUAACAUAAUAAGCAGCGGCAGCAAUACUAGUGCAGGGUCGGCCUCGGCGUCGGCGUCGAAUGUGGAAGAAGACGGGGAGUUGUCCCUCUGGAGCUCCCUGGAUCUUCCUUCUCUUUGCUUCUCCAUUUAG